AUGUCUAUAAAUUCAGCUUAUAUUGAUGAAAAGUUCGUGUCUGAUUAUAAGAAAACAUUCGGCCAGACAAUACAACAUGCAGGUACUGAUAUGCACAUUCGAGUGGAUCCAAAUCGAUCACUUUAUGAUGAACUUGAUCAACGAGGAUUACUUGAACGUCCACGAAUACCAACUGGUCUUGGAUAUAAUCUCAUUCAAGAUGGUCAACUUGGUUUAGCGAUGUUCAAUCGUAGUCCAAGAUUUCUUGCACCUGGUCGAUAUACAUUCUAUUCUCCAUUCAAUCAUUUAGUUAGUACAGUUAGUAUUACUGAUAAGUUGAUUACGUUAGGUAAUAUUCAAAUUGUAACAAUCAAUCAAGGAGAACUUGGAUUAAGUCUUCGAAAUGGUGAAAGUAUUUUGCUUGACCCUGGUCGUUAUAUUUUAACUGCACCACAUAUAUUUAAAAGAAGUACUCCAGCGAAUGCUCAAUAUAUUGAAUUAGGAACUUAUCGUCGGAUAACUGUACCUGUCGGAUUUGUUGCGGUGGCAUUCGAUAUUGGUAAGCAGAUUAUUAUUCGACCUGAAGAUACUGAAACAGGUCCAUUUGAAACAAAUUCACCUACGUUUCUAUUUGAUACGAAAACUGGUUUUCAAUCAGUUCAACUUCAAGUGAGAGAACUUGAUGAAUUGAUAGUUAAUACUCGAGAUGGAAUCACAAUUAUAGCAAAAGGUCUUAUUACUUAUCGUAUUCAUGAGCCACGAAUAGCAUUUAUGACUGUACAAGAUAUUCAUGAAGCAGUUAAACGAGCAGCAGAAGCAACGCUCACGUCGCUUUUUCUCAAUGCUGCUAUCGAUGAAAUCGCACCAUCUGCUCCAGCAAAAUUCACAGAAAAUAACACGACAAGUGUUACAUCGGUUUCUGAAGAAAGUAAUUUCAAUCAACAUAUUCGUACUGCAUUUCUUCACGAUUUUUCACGCAAAGUAAAGCAAUGGGGCAUUGAACUGCAGGAUUUAAAUAUCGAAAAACUUGAAUUCGAUAAUAGUGUGAAAGAUCUUUUAAGAAGACGAGCACAAGCACGUGUCGAAACUGCUACUAGUCUUGCUAAUAUGCGUUCACAAACAGACAUUGCCAUGCAACAAGCCGAACGAGAAAAACAGCAAGCACAAAUUCGUGCAGAAGCUGAAGCAUAUGUUAUACGAACAAAAGCUGAUGCUGAUUUUUAUGCUGCUGAACGUCAUGCACAGGCAGCAAAAGUCUUACAAGAAGUCCCACUAUCAGCUCAAAUUGAACUUAAAAAACUUGAUGUUGAAAUGAUAAAAGCUACAGGUGAUCGAACAACAUUCUUACCGAUGAAUCUUCAUAUAGGAGAUAUUGGAAUGAUUGAUAAACAAAAUAAUAAAAUUUAUUUUGCAACAAAUACUGUUAGUAAUACUUAA